CUGGGAGGGCCGGCCUCGGCCAAUCGGGAAGCGCGGGCGAGCGGCGCGAGAAGCGGCGGCCGCGUUCUCCAGCCGGGAAGGAGCGGCUGGGAAGGUUGCAGUGUCAGAAUGUGAAGUGGGGAAGAUUUUUCUCUAUUUUGUUCCUUGAUAGACAUUCAACACCUAGAUCUGGCACACAGAUCUGCAACUCCAAUGGAUACUGAGGGGUUUGGUGAGCUCCUUCAGCAAGCUGAACAGCUUGCUGCUGAGACUGAGGGCAUCUCAGAGCUUCCCCAUGUGGAACGGAACCUACAGGAGAUCCAGCAGGCGGGCGAGCGCCUGCGUUCCCGUACCCUCACACGCACGUCCCAGGAGACAGCAGAUGUCAAGGCGUCAGUUCUCCUUGGGUCUCGGGGACUUGACAUAUCCCACAUCUCCCAGCGACUGGAGAGUCUGAGUGCGGCCACCACCUUUGAGCCUCUUGAGCCUGUGAAGGAUACAGACAUUCAGGGCUUCCUGAAGAAUGAGAAGGACAAUGCCCUGCUGUCUGCCAUUGAGGAGUCUCGGAAGAGGACCUUUGGCAUGGCUGAGGAGUACCAUCGAGAGUCCAUGCUGGUCGAGUGGGAGCAAGUAAAACAGCGAAUUCUCCACACUCUGCUGGCAUCAGGAGAAGAUGCUUUGGACUUCACUCAAGAAAGUGAGCCAAGCUACAUCAGUGAUGUGGGACCCCCUGGUCGAAGUUCUCUGGAUAGCAUUGAGAUGGCCUACGCCCGGCAGAUUUAUAUCUAUAACGAGAAGAUUGUAAAUGGACACCUGCAGCCUAACCUGGUGGAACUCUGUGCUUCGGUGGCGGAGCUGGAUGAUAAGAACAUCUCUGACCUGUGGACCAUGGUGAAACAAAUGACAGAUGUGUUGUUGGUGCCGGCGAGUGAUGCCCUGAAGAGCCGCAACAGCGUGGAGGUGCGCAUGGAGUUUGUGAAGCAGGCCUUGGCAUACCUCGAGCAGAGUUAUAAGAAUUAUACCCUUGUAACUGUCUUUGGAAACUUGCAUCAGGCCCAGCUAGGCGGGGUGCCUGGGACUUACCAAUUGGUUCGAAGUUUCUUGAACAUCAAACUUCCGGCUCCCUUGCCUGGACUUCAGGAUGGAGAGGUGGAAGGCCAUCCUGUGUGGGCAUUAAUUUAUUACUGCAUGCGCUGUGGGGACCUGUUUGCUGCUUCACAGGUGGUUAACCGAGCCCAGCACCAGCUGGGAGAGUUUAAAACCUGGUUCCAGGAGUACAUGAACAGCAAGGACAGAAGGUUGUCUCCCGCCACGGAGAACAAGCUCCGACUGCAUUACCGCAGGGCCCUCAGGAACAACACGGACCCCUACAAGCGGGCUGUGUACUGCAUCAUUGGCAGAUGUGACAUCACUGACAACCAGAGUGAAGUAGCUGAUAAGACCGAGGACUACCUGUGGCUGAAGUUGAACCAAGUGUGUUUCGAUGACGACGGCACCAGCUCCCCACAAGACAGACUCACGCUUUCACAGUUCCAGAAACAGUUGUUGGAAGACUAUGGCGAGUCCCACUUCACGGUGAACCAGCAGCCCUUCCUCUACUUCCAAGUCCUCUUCCUGACGGCACAGUUCGAAGCUGCCAUUGCUUUCCUCUUCCGCAUGGAGCGGCUGCGCUGCCAUGCUGUCCACGUGGCACUGGUGCUCUUCGAGCUGAAGCUGCUUCUAAAAUCCUCGGGACAGAGUGCUCAGCUCCUCAGCCACGAGCCCGGCGACCCUCCCUGCGUCCGGCGGCUGAACUUUGUGAGGCUGCUUAUGCUCUACACCCGCAAGUUUGAGUCUACAGACCCGAGGGAGGCACUCCAGUACUUCUACUUCCUCAGGGACGAGAAAGAUAGUCAAGGAGAAAACAUGUUUUUGCGCUGCGUGAGUGAGCUUGUGAUAGAAAGUCGAGAGUUCGAUAUGAUCCUUGGGAAACUAGAGAAUGAUGGAAGUAGAAAGCCUGGAGUCAUAGAUAAGUUUACUAGUGACACAAAGCCUAUUAUCAACAAAGUUGCUUCCGUGGCAGAAAAUAAAGGACUUUUUGAAGAAGCAGCAAAGCUCUAUGACCUUGCCAAGAAUGCUGACAAGGUGCUGGAGCUGAUGAAUAAGCUACUCAGCCCCGUCGUGCCCCAGAUCAGCGCACCACAGUCCAACAAGGAGAGGCUGAAGAACAUGGCACUCUCCAUUGCGGAACGGUAUAGGGCUCAGGGAAUCAGUGCAAAUAAAUUUGUGGACUCCACAUUCUAUCUUCUGUUGGACUUGAUCACCUUUUUUGAUGAGUAUCACAGUGGUCAUAUCGACAGAGCCUUUGAUAUAAUUGAUCGUUUGAAGCUGGUGCCCCUGAAUCAGGAAAGUGUGGAAGAGAGAGUGGCUGCUUUCAGAAAUUUCAGUGAUGAAAUCAGGCACAACCUCUCAGAAGUACUUCUUGCCACCAUGAACAUCUUAUUCACACAAUUUAAGAGGCUCAAGGGGACAAGUCCAUCCUCGGCAUCCAGGCCCCAGCGAGUCAUCGAGGACCGUGAUUCUCAACUCCGAAGCCAAGCCCGAGCCCUGAUCACCUUUGCUGGGAUGAUACCCUACCGGACGUCUGGGGACACCAAUGCAAGGCUGGUGCAGAUGGAGGUCCUCAUGAAUUAAGUGCCAUGCUUUGAGGGGCUUCUGGGACUGCACACUGUCAGUACCUCAGGCGCAUGGGCCCACUGGGGUGGAGUUUCUGGUUUUGUUUCUGUUGUGUUUUGUUUUGUUUUGUAUUAUGUAUUUUUGUCAGCACUAAUAAAUUUCUUUGAUUU